CCAACAGAGGGGGUGAAUUCCUUUGCACAGCUCCCAGCCAGGAAGUAAAUCAGAGGGCGGGCACUGCUGUUGGCCAAGGAGCAGGAGCACAGCCCCAUUCCCACCAUUCCACACAGGCACAGCAGCAGCAGUAGCGUGGCAGGCACUUUGCUCCAGUGCCUGUUGUCACUCUCGCUCCAGUUGUCGUGGUUCUCCUCAUUCCAGAUUCCUUUGGAUGCCUACCCACCGGGCUGGCUCCAGCAGGCAGGGCUGGCUCCCUCGCUGGCAGGGGACAAAGUGCUCAUUGUGACACCUCUGCUGCUUCUCCUUGCCCCCACACAGCUGGAGGGGUGAUACAGAGAGAAACCACAACAACACUGCUGUCCCCCAAACGUGGCUUUUCCCAUCUUUUCCUACUCACAGCUUCCAUGGGGAGCAGCACAGGGAGAGGCGAGGGACAGGACAGAUGGCAAGUAGGAUGUUGGAGCCUGGUCUGGUGUGCCUGGCAGAAAAGUCAGGGACAUACCUCCUUCCUGGCUGUGGACAGGACAGAGCUGGAGGAGGAUAACAAUUGGAGAAGGAAAAGAUUGCCCAUGGAGAUAGCAGAGAGCAAAUGGCUUUGGGAUGGAUGUGACCUGGACUCUCAGGUGUCUGUUGAGAUCACUGAGCUGCUGGAGGAUUCCUUCAUCAGGACACUCCUUUGAAUAUUCCCUCCAUUUUCCCACAGUAUUUAUCACUUUUAAUUCCCUACAAAUCUCAAUUCUCCGCCCAAAAUUCAUCACCAGGCUCCACCCAAUGUGGAGCCACUGAUUAAGCUGAACGAGAAGAGUCUGACCUUGUUUCCUCUCACAGCCUGGAGAACUUCACUGUAGUGCACUCACAUCUCCUCACACACCCCAGCUGCUGUCCCUGGGGCGGGAUCUUCAGGAGCUUCCCUGGAAUCGUCACUUGGGAAAGGGGAGCGAAGCCCGCGGGGCGAGCCCGAGCAGCGUCCGGCGCGGGCUCUGUCCAGCUCCUGCCACAGCCCCCUGUUCUCCGUGCUGCCUCGUGUUCUCCAGGGCUCUCACAAACAGGGAACUAGUUCAGAGCCUGGGACGGGAUCAGGGCUCUGCUUCCCAUCUGCUCUUCACUCUGUCCAGGAACUGAGGAACAGGAGAGAGCCUCAGCAAGGAGACCUAAGGGAAAAGCAGCUUGUCUCCAGGUCACCUUCCUCUUCUGUUUUUAAAGCAACUCCAGUCCCAAAAUCUUGUCCUUUUAAUUGUCUGAACUUGCCACAUCUCAUUCCUGGGGUGGCUCCUUAGGACCCUGCAAUAUAAAUGUCCUGUGAGUCUUUGGUUUCUGGUCCAAAUUCCGUUUUCCCACUUGUAUACUGCAAUUUCAGUGGCACUGAACCUUCACCAUGCAGUUUCCAAGAGGAUUCAUGCAAUAAUCAAUUCUGUGCCUGAGAUGGAGCACAGGAGCACAGCAAUGUCAUUUCUGCUGAGGAGAGGAGCCGCUUUAGGACAUGGAUCCCAAAGGAGCAAAAGGAACCAGGAAGCGCCGCUGAUCUGCACAGACCCCUUUGCCUGCUGCUGCCCCACAGGGAACAGGGAGCUGCUGAGGAGCUGCAUGGUCCAUUCCUGGAUUUUUGAACCACUGACUCCCCAUCCACUCUGACCACAGCCAGGGCCACAUCCCACCGCCUCCUCAGCAUCCAUCCAUGGAGGUGACCACCAUGUCCCCAUCUCCUGCCUCACCCACUGAGGGAGAUGACAUCUGUGAGACAGAUGUCACCAGCGUGGCCAUACACAGUGUGACACUGCUCAUCUGCCUCUGUGGGCUGGCCGGGAAUGGCGCUGUGCUCUGCCUUCUCCAAAGGAACCCCACCACCUUUUACAUCACCAACCUGGCUUUCGCCAACUUCUCCUUCCUCCACUUUGCGGUCCACUCCACCCUGCUCUACCUACUGGAGGAUGUGUCCUGCUCCACAGUCGCUCCCCUGGUGUUCCUAAGGGCACUUUUCCCGCUCCUACUGUUCUCCUACAACAUGGGGCUGUAUGUGCUGACAGCCAUCAGCAUCGAGAGGUGUGGUUCAAUCCUCUUCCCCCUCUGGUACCGCUGCCGCCGUCCCCAGCGCCUGUCAUGGGUAGUGUGUGCCCUGCUCUGGGCCCUCUCCAUCGCUGUCAUUGUCACAGUGACUUCCCUGUGCCUGUCACAGGAGCACGAGCACUGCCGGGUGUCUCUCAUCACCAUGUAUGCCCUCAACCUCUUCCUCUUUGCCCCAGCCAUGGUCGUUUCCAGCACAGUCCUCCUCAUUAAGGUCAAGUGUGGGUCUCAGCAGCAGCAACCCAAGAGACUCGACAUUGUUAUUUUCCUUGUUGUGCUCUUCUUCCUCCUCUUUGCUCUCCCCCUCAGCCUCUGCAAUUUCCUGCAACAGCUCGGUUACAUCACUGUGUCCUCCGAGGUUGUUAUCCUGCUCACCUGCAUCCACAGCAGCAUCAACCCCUUCAUCUACUUCUUGGUGGGGAGGUGCUGGAGGCCCUGCUCUGUGGGGUCCCUCCGGCUCUCCCUCCAGAGGGUGUUUGAGGGGCCAGAAGAAAACACUGCCCACAGAAAUGAUCCUGCCAUGGAUACAGCCUUCUCAGCCUGUUGAUCCCUUCUACUGCUCUGCUGAAGGACCUUGGUGCAGAGUCGCCUGAUUAAUAAAUAGCCACUGUAUCACC